GCCGCUCGUGGAGGGGGCGGGGUCCCCGGAGCGCAGGGCGCCCUCGGCGACUCGGCUGCGGCGCGAGACAGCGGGCGCGCGCCGGCCCCCCGCGGCACAAUGCGGCCGGCGGCGGCGGCGUCCCGCGUUGCCAGGUUACCUUUGAUCGCUGUCCGCGCGUGCCGGGCCCCACCUCCCGCUCCGCCAGCAAGGGAACGCGUGAUUGGUUCGCGGCCCGGCGGCCGGCCAAUGGGCGGGCGGGUUGUUGGAGGGGGGGGGCUCGCUCGAGGCGGAGGGGGCGGUGCUGGGGGCUGGUGUCACCGCUCAGCUGCCAGUUUGAAAAAAUGUCGGGAAGGAGGCGCAUCGGGGACCCGGCGUGUUUGACCAAAAGAAUUCCACAGAAUCCUAAAUAUCAACACAUAAAAUCUCGCCUUGACACAGGAAACAGCCUGACCAAAUACAUUGAGAAAUUGGAAGAGAUCAAGAGAAAUUACAGAUACAAAAAAGAUGAGCUAUUCAAGAGGCUGAAAGUGACUACUUUUGCCCAGCUGGUCAUCCAAGUUGCUUCUCUAUCUGAUGAAACAUUAGAAGUGUCAGCUGAGGAGAUCCAGAAGCUGGAAGAUGGUGAUACUGUUAUUUCAGAGACUGAUGCUGAGCUCACAGCUGGGACUAACGGGAAAGGAAGCCCCACAGAGAAGCCAGCCAGUCCAGUCCUGUUCAUAAACAACACGGGAGCAGGGGAAUCGUAUCGGUCUACUCUGCAAAGUGUGAUCAGUGGUGUAGGUGAGCUAGACAUAGGCAAAAACCUGCGGAAGAAACCUGAUGCUAAUGCUAAAGACACUAACGCUAAAGACCAGCCUUACCCCGACUGCCCGUUCCUGCUGCUUGACGUACGAGAUCGAGAUGCGUAUGACCAAUGUCAUAUUGUUGGAGCUUAUUCUUAUCCUAUCGCAACUCUGUCUAGAACCAUGAAUCCUUAUACGAAUAGCAUUCUGGAAUACAAAAAUGCACAUGGGAAGAUUAUCAUCCUGUAUGAUGAUGAUGAGAGACUCGCCAGCCAGGCUGCCACUACCAUGUGUGAGAGAGGCUUUGAGAACGUAUUCAUGUUAUCUGGAGGCCUGAAGGUCCUUGCCCAGAAAGUCCCUGAAGGACUGGUCACUGGCUCAUUCCCAACGUCUUGCCAGGUGGCAACCUACACUGGAUCUGCCCGGAAAAGGGCCACCCCAAGAGGGACACCCGCACGUGCUGAGAAUAAAUGGAGAUUUACUGCAGAAGAUUUACAAAAGAUAGAAUACUACCUGGAAGAGGAGCAGAUCCCCUCAGAUACUGCCAGCCGUCUCAGCCGUGCUUCCUCAGGCCGAGAGUCCAAGGCGAUGGCUGUACGGAGCAGCCAGAACCUCCCCACCGCCAGCCCGGCUGGCUCCCUCGCCACCCGCUCCUUCAGCAGCAGCAGCCUCCAGAACAAGCCCUGGAAGUAACGACUGUCUCUUUCCAUUGAAUAAACGAAUGUCCUGGUUCUGGGAACCCCUGAUCAGUACAUCCCGUUUGUCGUUUUAGAAAGUUGCAAAGAGGAAAAAUAAAUCAAUGAUCUAACAAUGGCAAGAGGGGUGGGGUGUGGCAGGCUGACAUUCAGUAGAAGAAGUCAAGGUAUCCCUUUCCAAGACUGAUCUAAAGGGAUAAUGUUGUUUUAUGAAAAUGAACUUUUCCCCGAAGUCUCUGACCCACAGAAGUGGGUCCAUGAAAUUUGUAACUUUAAAAAAUACCAGUGGAAUCUGUGUUCUUAGAAAAUAUUCCCCCUGGGGUCUGGGAUCUUAGUAAUGCAGCACUGUGCUAGCACAUGAGACCCUGAAAGGUGGAUAGACUAGCCACUGUCUGUAAACAAAAGUCUUGGUGUCGAGCUGAAAUACAGAAAUGGAGCAAACGAAUAGCACAACUAGUGACAAGUGAGCGAGAUACCAAAAACACCUUUUUUAACCGUCCAAAUAGGGGCAUUCUUGUAAAGAAUGUACAGAAUGAUGUUUCACCUGACAGUGGCCCUUUAUCCACAGUAUGUUUACAAAAUAUUUUUGCUUUUAAAAUCUUUCCCCCCUCGUGUCCUGAGUACUCGGUCUUUGUUCUGUGUUCCAUGCGGUGGGGUAGUGCUUUGGUUCUGAGCGAAGCGACGUAACAAUGUGUUUCUUGUUUUGUGAAUAAGAUUAGAAGGCAACUUUGGGCAUGGUGCUGAGAUGGGCUGAGCAAAACUCUGACUGACUUUGCUCACAGAAGGCACUGACUCAUCCGGCUUCAGUCUCUCCCAGUGAAUUUCUGCUUGCAGAGCCAGGUUGCUGGUGACUGGAGUAGUGAAGAGAACCCCAGAGUGACUCUGGAGGAAUGUCCUGGUCCUUUGUGGUAUUUUCCUCAUGACAUUGCAGUGCUGAGUGAACUGAUCACACAAUGAUCUGUCGUAAGAUCUCUGUCACAGCCCUGCAAUGUCAAGCCUUCCUGUCAUUGUUUGGUGACUCCCAGCCGUUCUUCUCAACAGUGUUUUCUGCUUCCAUCUUGGUUGCUGGGUGUGAGGGAGAAGAGGGUGUUCCUGGAUGCUUGGAAGGAUCCUGGCUUCUCCAGCCCAUUUGGUCAGUGAGUUGCUUUCUGCUGAGUCGUAUGUCGGAGUGGUAUGGAGUGCACUAGAUGAACAAGGCUCAUUCGCUCUACCUGAGACCAGACUCCCACCUGGCAUGUGGGUCUCUGAGUAAUGCACGCAGCUAUUCUGAGCUGCAAGCUGAAGAUCACUGGUCUAGACAGUUUGAAGGGCAGAAGUUAAUGAGCCUGCUUUCCGAUACGAUGCAUAUGGAUCACCUUAAAAUAAGGUUAAGGGGCAGAACUCAAACUUGCUCUGCUGAGCGCCUCUGGUGGAGCUUGUGGCAGCAGGUCUUGGUCACUAGAGUAGUGAGGGGCUCUACGUCUUAACUGACUAGUGGAGGCGUGAAACUAUUGCUGUCUAUUGCAUGACUGUCUCUCUGCAGCUGCUGUCAUAAUAACUUCCUUGGCGUUAGCAGGGCUAGAAAAAACUGUCCUCCAGUUGUCCCAAUGACAUUCCAGCAAGGCUCCCUGGUGGUGGGGGCUGCCCAGAAUUUUUGAGGCCAUGAAUCUGGUGACUUUCUGGGAGCCUGAGGAUUUGAAUAUAAUGUGUAUCAAAGCUUAAAACGCCUCUUAAUCAAACACAAAGGGUCCCAAGCCAGCAGUAUUGGCUUAUGCUUGCAAUGUCCUUGGUGACUGGCUAGAAGUUGUUUGGAGCCCACUAGCAGUAGAAACCUAGUUGAUGUGUUAUCUUCACCCUACAUAGGCUGUGUUUUGGGGACUCAAGGGACAGCCACUUGUGGACCCUGCUUUCUAGUUUUUACCUAGUGUAUUGGUUGAAUUUAGUCCAACUAUUUUAUUUUGUCCUUUAAAGCUUGCUGUCCUCAGGUUUCAUCUACACCAGAAAAAUCAGACUCAUAAUUCACCAUGGAUAGUGCUCAGCUGGAAUUAGCAAUAGGAGAAGUGCAAGUUUACACAGAGUGCUGGCAUAUUACCCCAGUGCUGCCUCACUCUACUCUGAGCAGGGUGAGUGAUCAACACUCUUGCACCCUGUCUACACUUCUGCUUCCAUCACUGGAAAAUUAUGGGGGCUGAGAUGUGAUUUUGCUGGUAGGUUUAGAUGGAGGGGAGAGGGUGUUAGUGGAGUGGGGUCAGCACUCAUCUAACAGGGUGGUAUUGGCCCUUGACUAUGUCAAAUAUAGGCAGCAGUUAAAGCCAUGGAAGUAAUUCUUUCAAGGCUCUUAAUCUGAAUCCUCGUAGAAAGAGUGCUUGCUCGUUUAGGUGACUUUCCAGUGGCCAGGGAUUGGUGCUCUAAUGCUGAUCCUGCUUAGCGCUGUCAGGGGCUGACUGCAAUGUGCUGAGUGCUCUCAAUUCUCAUCAACUUCAGUGGGAACUAUGGAUGCUCAGAAGCUGCUAGUGACCUUCAAAAGCCAAGCUGAAGAACACACCUCUCUGGUGGCACUGUUCAGGAUAAGCCCUACCUUGAUCUUGUUCCUCCUCUGUAGCAAUCUGCCAAUGUAUGUGUAUCGCCACAGCAGCAUGUCUUUAAGUGGUGUAAAGAUUGUAAAUAGAUUCACUUCUCUUUCCUUCCUUAGAGAACCAGUUGGUGGCACUGGAACAGGGCAUGUAUGGGAAGGCAGCUCCCUGCAAAUGGGCAUAGACUCACCUUUCUGAGAGACGCUUUGUUGUCCUGUAGCAUGCCAAAAAUUCCCUGCUUUCGUUUCCGCCUUAUAGCACUGACAGACCAAUUUUUAUUUAGUACGUGCAAUCUGGGUGCUGCAUAUAGGCAAGUGCCACAAAAACUGCUGACAGCCCCGGGGAUGCAGGAUUUAAGCUGGCCACCUGGACCUGGCUUCCUACAGAGAAGGAUGUGACAAGACUCCGGGAGGUGGGCUGUGUGUGUACAUGUGGUAGCCCUGAGCAGGAAAGCAGCCUUCUACACACAGCUCCCAUGAAUACAAACUAUUCCCACACUCUGCUGGGAUCAAAUGUGCAAGGGGGCUAUGGAUAGGGCCUGCUGAGUGGGACAUUAAAAGUGGGUUUCAGAUGCCAGCCAACACCUAACCCAGUACAUCUUGCUCCAAGCACUUCUGAGACCCUACGCCACAUUUGGCAUUUUUAUACAUUUUUUAAAUAUAUAUAUUUUAUAUGUAACGAACCCUGAUUCCAAUUCAUAAAUUACAGCUCCCCACUUCCCAAGGAAAUCCAGGAAGUUCCAUUUUAUUUAGUCAGAAAGAAAAGGUUUUUUGAGUUUGUACAAAUCGUUGACUGUCCAAGGAUAGCCUAAUACACUGGAUUUCUACAGAGUUGAUUUCUGUGUGUAUCGGACAGUUGGGUUAAUCAGAUGUGCGGGAUUUCAAGACUAGUUGAAUUGGGACGGUGAAUGUGAGGUACUAUCUCUCUCUCUCUCCUUUCUGUCUAGCCAUAGGAAGCAAUCUGCUCAGUAAGUCUUACAAUCAUAUUAACUGGACUUACCAGAAACCUGAUAACAUAAGUCAGACUAUGUGAGAGGUAAGUAAGGUUUUGUUGGUCUGUUUCUGCAUUUAUUUAUGUUUAACGAACCAGCUAGGCGAUGGCGUUUGCCAACUCUGAUAGGCUUGUCUUUUAUUUACUGAUCAGUGAUAUUGUGAGUCAACUGGAGAGCAAAGUGUGGUUUGGUGGUCUGAUCCCAGAAUUGGGAGCUGGGGACUCCCAAGUACUCCUUGGGCAAGCCACUUAACUGCUUUCUGCCUCAGUUUUCCUAUCUGUAAAAGGGGACUGAUAAUCCUUCCUUACUUCGCAGAGGUGCUAUAAGGCUUUGUUAUUUGAUGUCUGUUGCAGGCUUUGAAAAGAUUUUACUUGAUAUUAGGAAAGUGUCAUAAAAAUGUGAAGUAUUUUACUAAUUUUGAACAUCAAGGCUAAAAUUGACUCAUGCUGGUUUGCAUGUUAGCUUGAUGGGCUGCAUUCAUCACUCCCCUCCAGGCGGUAAGAGUCUGACUUUUGCACGCUAUCAUGAAAUAAAAGCUUGAGCUAAAUGGCAUCUCAUACAGAAUCCAAUCAGCUUUUUGCUUAAGACAAUUGACAAUAAUGUUGUGCCCCUAAAAAUUGCUGCAUCUGGUCAAUGUUGUUGAAUGUUUAAAAUGUGGGGGGGGGGAUAAAGAGAAUGUUUGUUAGUUACAUGCUUAAAACACUGGGACCAAUGCAAUUUAAAAAUAACACAUUUUAUGUUUGAAUACGAGGUAUCUAAAGUAUGCAAGCAUUCAAAAGGAUUGUUACACACAUGCACAGAGUAAAAUUGGAGGGGAGGGGCGGGAUAGAGUGUCUCAGUUGAAAUCAAAUAGUGAUUGUGAAGCAAAGGAUUUUUUAUUAUCCAGCUACAGUACUAGGGUCUGAAAUCCUCUGUUGCCCUGGGCUACUAGGAAACUCUUUUCUGCAUCAGAGGAAGAGUCUAAGCCAGUCAGGGUUGUUUAAGAUCCUCUUAAUCCUGUGCAUCGAAGGAAGAACUGAUGAACAUAUCUUCUUAUCCUCUUAUUGUCUUUGAGGGCUCGUAUGUUUUGCAUCUUAGCUUAACCGUGUCAUAUGAUUAGGCUGGUGCUUUUGUUUUGUUUUGUUUUCGGGGGGAGGAGGAUGGCAUAGAUUUUUAUAGAGUCUUCUGGUUUUUAAAUUGUUUGAUUCAAUAAAAAGCAAAUGAUGCAGGA